CAAGUUCACACCUCCCCACACACACAGUAACACACACAAAUUCACUAGUGCCACUUGUUUCUUCCCCGUACACCUCAUCAGUUAUACUCCCUCAACUGCAAAAAUGGCAACCGGCUUCUUCCUUCCCGCCACUCCUAAUUUCUUUAUGCACUUCCCUUCUAAUCCCAAAUCUUACAAAAUCCAUUGUUCCUCCCUCACAUCUCAAUCCCUCUCAGCCAAGGAUAAUCUCCUUCGCCUUAUCUCUGACCAAGAACGUGGCCUCAAGACUCAAUCUGACCCGCAAAAACUCUCUGAAAUAAUCAGCGCAAUUGACGAGUUAGCCGAUAUCGGACGUGACACUGUCACCACUGACGCUUCCCUUUCGGCCACCUGGCGUUUGCUUUGGACUACGGAGAAAGAGCAACUUUAUAUUAUUAAAACUGCUGCUCCCUUUUUUGGUACUAAAGCUGGUGAUGUUCUCCAAGUUAUUGAUGUUGAAAAAGGGACUCUUAAUAAUGUUAUUACUUUCCCCCCUGAUGGAGUCUUCUUUGUUCGGUCCACUAUUGAUGUUGCUUCUUCUCAACGUGUGAAUUUCAGAUUCACAAGUGCAGUUCUGCGUGGAAAAAAUUGGGAGUUUCCUCUGCCACCUUUUGGACAAGGGUGGUUUGAGACUGUAUACCUUGAUGAUGAGAUUCGGGUAGUCAAAGAUAUCAGGCAAGAUUACCUGGUUGUUGAACGUGCUCCUUAUACUUGGAAAGAAUGAUAGUUGUAUUUCUCUUCUGCUAUCUCUGUACAUAAAAUUUACUGUAAGUUCCUUUCUUUAAACUCUCUUCUUCAUGCUGAUACAUCUGAAGUCAUUUAGAUUUCCUGUAAUGUAUCCUUGUUCUGAGUGUAUAGGUUCUGCAGCAUCCUCUUUGUAGUUAAAGUUGUCUGUAAUAUUAAGUAGAGACAUUUGAUUUGUUGUCAUAAGACCAGAUAAUACUAGUCUACUAGAUGAGGCAAAAUUUGUGCCUUCAUUUAUAUGAAAUAUGCAAAUAUAUUUUUGUUCAGCUUUUACCUCUA